AUGGCAGAUUUGUAUGGGCCAACAGAUGCAUCAAUGCGCAAGAUGUUCCGCACCACUCUCUCCAAGCGGACCAUGAAUUGGUUCAACUCUCUACCUUCAGGAUCGAUCGACACCUUCUCUCGAUUAUCGCAACGCUUCACCAACCAAUUCGCCAUCAACAAACAAUAUGCCAAGACCCCAGCACACCUUUUCUCCGUCAUACAGAGAGACAACGAAACACUCCGCAACUACAUCAAGCAUUUUGUGGAAGCUGUCCAAGAAGUCCCAAGCGUAGGACAAGACAUGCUCUCCCGGAUCAUGCACCAAAACUUGAAGUCGGGUAGAUUCAAAGAAUCCAUUGCCGGAAGGCCUCCUAGAAACCCAGAUGAAUUGUUGAAUCGAACUGAUAAAUACGUACGAAUGGAGGAAGCUGUUAGAGUAGGCGGCCGAAGAACCAACUAA